AUGGGACUAUCAUUGGCUUAUGAACUUGGCAUUGUCCUUGGAUGCCUUGUUGCCCUUGCUUUCGGAGCUGGAUUCAUAAAACUAUAUAUCAACAAGAAAAGACUUAAGGUCAACCAGAAGAAAGCAGACGAGGAAGCGGCUACAAGAGCGACAGACAGAGAAAAGCUUGUUGGGAAGCGGAAGCUUGGAGAGGGUGACCUCUUCGGCGUGAGAGCACUCGAACAUGGGUACUUUGGAGGUGUUGCGCAGACCAGACCCAGCUCUCCAGCUCCUUCAUACAAGCUGGCACCAGAUGCGAAACUGGUCGACUGGGGUCAAAUGAACAAGCUUCGAAGCGAUUCAUCGUCAGUCACAAGCAGCAACUUCGACUUCCUCCAGGACAGGAACUCGAGCAGUGCUUCGCUUGCUGGCGCAGGCAGCACAAUCAAGAAGCCAUCGCCACUUCGACUACAGCCCUCAGAUGCUGAACUGAGGAGCCAUAAUAUGUCGAGUGUUGGAAACAUGGGCGGUAAUUUCUUGCCACCAGCGCCAUCACCAAGAUCCCUUCGAGCUCCUUCUCCAUUGUUUGGCGAAGAGAAGAGCAGUACAUGGGUGUCUCCCUUAGAUGUUCACUUCAGCAGACCGGGAACACCUGUGAGACCAGCAUCAUUUCUACCAAAGCUACAAUUUCCUCUGGAAUUCGGGAAAAGCGACUUGACAAUACCCCUUCCAGAUUUCAACAAGCCAAAAUCGGAAACAACACCUGCUUUCGAACCAGUGAUCGUCAAGCCUCCACCAACUGCUGGAGGACGUGCGAAGACGCCCAAGGAGAUCUAUGCGGAGUUCUCGCAACAGGGCUUUGCUAAGUCACCAACGCUGUCAAACUUCUCACAGCAGAGUUUCGCUGAAUCGCCAACUUUGUCGACUUUCUCGAAACAGGAACCACUGAUGAAAUCUCCCACCUUCUCAACAUUUUCGAAAGAAGAACCACCCAAAGCAAAGUCCCCUACUUUCUCUGUCUUCCCACAACAAGCACAACAAGCGCCUCCUCGACCCAACCGUCUUUCGAUGAAGUCGAUGUUCUCUACGGAGGAACUACCAGUUCGCAGUCCUAAAGAGGAUUUCUCAAGAACGUUUCAGCUCCCACCCGUCCCUCUUGAUGACCUAGCUCCAAUGAUACCACCUGUCAACCCUGAUAGAUUCCCAAAAGACCUCAACGUAUGGAACCCAGCAUCACCCAUUCGCAACUCGAUAGUCAACAGACAGCGACAGCCUACAUCAGCUGGAGCUCGUCAUAGCCAUGAAUGGACACUUCCAUCACCCACACUGCCCGACGAAAUGAUCGAUGCAGAAUGGCAACCUUCAGAGAAAGCCAUCAUCCGAGCCUCCGUCGUCAGCAAGCAACGAGUUUCCGUGAUCCGAGGACCAGGAGCACAGUCCCAAGAUCUUGACGUUCAGUUUGCCAGAAUGCGCAGCCGUGGUCACAGCAUGGCAGCUUCAAGCAUGUACAGCACCCGAACCUCCAUCCUCGAGCCCGGAGAACAAAGUAAACGCCACACACGAACGUGCUCCCAAUCAUCCGAAGCUCGAGCUCGGGCCUCAACCCGAGAUUUCUCAAACUCCUCCCACAAACGAGUCAGUUCUCGAAGUCUAAGCCGAACACGUGACUCCCUUCGAGGAAGCCGCAAGACAUCCAACGACUCCUUCAAAUCCGCGGACUCGCACCGUCGCAGCAGAGAAAGAGACCAACUGCACUUUGACCCUACCUCUCACCGUCGCAACCGCAGCGGCUCCGUCCAAGGCCACUCCGUCGAUUUCGACCAGCCGCGCGAAAGUCCGUUCUCAGACUCCAAUGGAACUAGUUCCCACUCAGCCACCUCCUCCGUAUCCAGCUCCCAGAGCUCCGACGCCGCAUCACCUCCAAAGCCUAUCUUGAAUCAUCACAACCAAGCCAAUUCCGGAGCACCACUGCAACCUCGAAUGCCGUUUGUGCAAGAUCCCGACAGGUUAUCGAUCGCACCACAGAUCCACGGACGUUCCGCAAGCGAGGUGAGCCAGAACAGCAUUGGAGAUUUCUACGAUAGCUAUUACCGGCAAUCGACCAUGGGUCGCAACAGCGGGAUGCCGAACCCGCCUUUGCCUCCGGCGUCUAGGAACAGUGUUCAAGACCGCGCACAAGCAUUCGAAGAUAAAGCUCGUGGAAGAAGUGGUAGUAUCGGCGCCCCGAAACGACCAGCACCGCUAAAGAUCGGGAAUGGAAAUAAUAAUGGAGCAGGGAGUGGGUAUGGAGGAUUUAAUACUAUUGUGGAAGUAGCGACGCCGAUGCCAAGUCCGCUGGUUAUGGGAGAUGCAGGGAGAGAAAGAUUCCCGACGAUGAUUUGA